GGCAAACCAAGGAUUUAUUGUCUUUUUAUUGAUGUUAAUAAUUUCCUUCAAGUUUGGUGUCACUGUACAUGAUCAAUGUCGUAUUGCUGCUCCUGCUCCUGCUCCCGCUCCCGAUGUAAUUGAUGCAGGGCAGUCUGAGAUGGAGGGGGAGGAGGCAUGGACGAUGGUGCAGAAGAAAGGGCACCAAUUCACAGUGAACGGGAAACCUUUCUACUUUAAUGGCUUCAACACAUACUGGCUCAUGGUGUUUGCUGCAGAUCAAUCAACCCGCGCAAAGGUCACUGAGGUCUUCCAACAAGCUUCUUCUGUUGGCUUAUCAGUCUGCAGAACAUGGGCUUUUAACGAUGGCCAAUAUCGAGCUCUUCAGAAAUCUCCUUCCGUCUACGAUGAAGAUGUUUUUAAGGGUUUGGAUUUUGUUGUGAGUGAAGCGAAAAAGUACAACAUCAGGCUAAUUUUAUCCUUGGUUAACAACUGGAAUGACUAUGGUGGAAAAGCACAGUAUGUGAAAUGGGGAAAAGAUUCUGGUUCUAAUGUAAGCUCUGAUGAUGACUUCUUCUCUGAUCCUCUCCUUAAGAUCUAUUACAAGAAUCACAUCAAGGCAAGUUUCUUUUUCUAUUUCUUCUUUUUUUUCUUCAAACUCUCACACUUAUUUUCUGUAUAUGCACUACUGAAGAUGGUACUUAAUAGAGUAAAUACCUUUACCAAUAUCACAUACAAAGAUGAUCCUACCAUUUUUGCUUGGGAGCUGAUGAACGAACCUCGCUGUACUUCUGAUCCGUCUGGUGAUAAACUACAGGCUUGGAUACAAGAAAUGGCUGCUUAUGUGAAAAGCAUCGAUCCAAAGCACUUGCUUGAGAUAGGUUUGGAAGGAUUUUAUGGCCCCUCUACACUUGAUAGAGCUCAGUUUAAUCCGAAUACAUACGCCACACAAGUAGGCACUGACUUCAUAAGAAACCAUCAGGUUCUAGGAGUUGAUUUUGCUUCGGUUCAUAUCUAUGCAGAUUCAUGGAUAUCACCAACGAUAUCAGAUGCCCAUCUGCAGUUCUACCAGUCAUGGUUACAAGCGCACACUGAAGAUGCAGAGAAAACACUCGAAAUGCCAGUUGUGUUUGCCGAGUUUGGGGUAUCAGUAAAAGAUCAAGGAUAUAACUCUUCCUUUAGGGACACAACUUAUAACAUGGUGUACAAAACUUUGUUGAACUCAGCCAAAAAAGGUGGGAGUGGAGCUGGAAGCUUGAUAUGGCAGCUCUUUCCUGAUGAGACAGAUUACAUGAAUGACGGAUAUGCCAUUGUUCUACCCAAAACUCCAACUAUAGCUGACAUGAUCUCUCUUAAUUCAGCAAGGCUUGAGCUCAUUAGCUCUAUAUGUGCGUGGAACUGUCGCUGGGGAUGCAAGAAAAGACUACUUGCUCUAGAUCAUACAUGGCAUGCCUAUAACAGUGCUUUUUAA